UAUUGCAUUUGUAGAGAUGAAUAAAGCGUAUUUUAGUACUUAAAAAAUUCUGAUUCUGUUCGUCUGGAUAUUUUUAAUAAAAAAAUUAAUCUUCGUUUUGAUUAAAUUUGGAAAAGUGUUAAUCUUUAGUUUACUGAGUAAAUUCGCAUUUUCUUCAAUCUUUACCUGAUUAAGUGAGAAGUUCUCUUGUGCCAAUAUUUUCCAAGAGUUGCAUACAAAAUAAACGCAUGUUUCUUGUUAAUACAAUUAUCUGCUUAAACAAACCUAUUAAAUUAUUAUGCCACCGACCAAGAAGUUUAAAAUUGAGGACCCGAUUGACCUGAAAAAGAAAAAAAUGGCAGCAAUAAUUGAGGCAACGUUUCCAUCCUGUAAUAAUGAACUUAGCCAAAUUAAUAAGUUGUACUAUAUAUUUAAAACGUUAGAAACUGUACCAAUUAUACUCCAUACGGGAACGUAUACGGAGGAUAUUAUUAUUUCACGAGAUAAAUGGGCCACGGCCUGCUUAAUAUUUAAUUUAGAAGAAUGCACCAAACUACUGUGCCAAGCGAUCCUUACCAGCGACGACGUUAAUAAUCAACAAGGUGGAAAUCUUACCAAUAAAAAAUAUGCUAUUAUAAGUGCCGUGGGAUGGAUCAUUAAUAAAGCUAAUGACUUCUGGCUAUCUCCUGCAAAUAUUGACGAUAAUAUAAUUUGGCCUACCCAAGAGGCAAUAGAAGAAAGAACGAUUGUAUCAAAUUUUGUAGACAAUUUUAUAGAAAAUAUUAAACUGCUAGAUGAUAAAGCCGGCCAGCCGGAUGAAUUACAAUCUACCUCAUUUCUCGAAAACGUGGAGGAUGAAAUACUCUUAAAAUUCAAGCAAAUUUAUGAUAAGGCUGUUAAAACCUCAUCCUUUAAAGAUUCCUACGAAAUUUUCGAGUAUUUAAUACGAGCCUAUGAUGAAGGGAGGGAUAAAUUCAUUGGAGGAGUAUCACUUAAUCCAGACGAUUACUUUAAAGCCUACUUAUCACAUAGUGAUAUCAACCUAGUGACAAAUACGAUUAUUACAUCGUUAGUAAAAGAUUUAGGACACGAACACCUUAAUGAAUGGCGCACCUCACCUAUAAUAAAAUUAAUAACUUACCAAUGCGUAGGCCACAUUAGAGCUCGUCAUGCAAAGAUGUUCGUUACAUCGGCCAAGUCAGGAGAUAGAAGAUUCCUAACUAAAGAGGAGAUAAAUCAAUUAAACGAUACUGCAUUUACUACGCGUCUACCUGAGGACGUUAGAACCCCAGUAGAAUCACAAUCACAAAAUUAUGUUGAAUCCGUAAUGUACCAAAUUGUAGAGUCCAAUAUUUAUAACGAUGUCUCCAUUUGGGGUCAGUUUCCAUCUUCGAGUGCUGCUAACAUCAUGUCUCAAUCCGAAUAUAGUGGUCUUGACCACUUGGCCACCUCAAAUCAAAUUAUAGAAUUAUUUUCUGAGGAAGCGGAAGCAUCAUCCUCUUCUUCCGUGAUAAAUGAGUUUGAAAGAUAUCAAUUAAAAUUUAGUGGAGAAAUAGAAACAGAUCUUCCUUCUUGGACAGAAAAGGAUUAUAUGACUAGUCAAGAGAGACCUCAAAUGCUAUUAAAAUCUGAAGAGAUAGCAAAAAUGGCUUUAAUAUUUACAAGCGACAGCCUAGCUGGCUGUAAGUGUCUCAUGAAAAAAAUAUUCAAUACGACUGAACUACAAGGAAUGAAUUGGUCUGGGAGACCAUCUAUUAAUGGAGGGCAUAAGCAUGCCGCUUUUAUUAAGAAUCCGAAAACAUUCUUCAUAUUUUAUUUUCUUCGCUUAAUGAAAACAAGUGCCAAACUAAAAGUUAAUUGGGAUAAAGUACAUGAGGAUACAUCUAUUCAGUUGGAGGCUUUAACGGAUCUUGAAUUUUACAAGAUUAAGCAACAUAUUUUCAUUGACAAAGCAACGAAAACAAAAAUAACGGGAUGCAUGAGUAAAGGCGAUCUUAAUAAGUGAUAUAUAUUUUAUAUUUUUAAAAAAUUGUAUAAAAUUAUAAAUUAUGUUUUAAAAAAAUUAUAUAAAAUCACAAAUGAUAUAUUAUAUUUAAAAAAAUUAUAUAAAAU